CCAACUCUCCAAAAAUAAUACAAAUUCCAUUGAAAACAUAAAACGAAACAAGAACUAUUCUUUGAUUUAAAAAAUAAUUAAAAUCCACGGCGGAAAACCAUGUCGGAACACAGUAUUAAAGAGAACUAUAGCCGGCGCUCGAUGCGCUCCAUGAAGUCGCAUGUCAGCAAGUCGGCCUUCUUCGAGUACACGCCCCAGCAGGAGGUGGACAUCGUGGCCAUCAUCUACAAGUUCUACUUGGAGGACUUUCGCAACUUCUCGGAGGAGGAAAAGGAGAUUCGACUGGCUGGGUUAGAUGCCCUGGACAUGCUGCGCACCGUCGAGCAGGUGCACAAUGAUGUGGCCACUCUCCGGCUGGAGAACCACAUCAUGGUUGAGUUUCUCGAGAAGAACGAUCCCAAGCUGUUGUUGGGAUUGCGACAGCGUCGCACUUCCAUACUCCGCCGCUUGCAGACUAAGAGGAAUUCGGGAAGCCAUGUGGCCAGUAGCCGGCACUCCAGUUCCAAGCGCUCGAUUCCCAUGUCAGCCAACCAACUGGUCGGGUUGGGAUCAGCCGGUGUCCUGACGGAGAAGCGUCGCGGCAUGGACUACAAGCUGAACUUUAAGGCCAAGGCGGAGAUGGCCGAGAAGAGGGCGGCCGAGGUGGAGAAGCGGGUCUCAGAUAUCGAGAGGAAUGCCAUGACCGAGGUGAAGCAGCUGCGGGCCAAAAUUGAGGAGCUGCGCUAUCGCAGCGAGGAAACCAUUGAAACGGAAAACAACUUCAUGCUGCACUUUAUGCGGGACGAGAACGACAUUGCCUUCCUGGAGUCGGCCACCGAGCGGCAGAUCGAGCGGAAGCUGCGCAAGUUCACCACAAACUGGUUCAAGAACGCCCGGGCCCUGCUGGGCACCAUGAAGCUGACCAUUGUGUCGCUGCAGGAGACCUGCCAGCAGCACCGUGCCGAUCUGAUCACCAAAUCGGAUCUCAGCGGCAUCCUAACGGCUGUGGACUUUGAGAAGCUGAUCAUCAAGCGAACGGAGCUGGUCAACCAGCUGGAGGAGAAGAACAUCCACAUGGCGGGCCUGAAGGGAGUCACAGGCAAGACAUCGCUGGCCAUGACCGAGGAGAAGCAGGCCAUGAUGAACCUGGAGGCCGAGAUGCGUAAUGUCCUGAACCGCACGGAGGAAGUCACCCGAGCCAUUCAGAAGCUGGAGAAGGAGGUGGCCGCCGUUCAGUCGCACAACGCCAAGGACUAUGUCACUCUCGAUGAGCUGAAGGCCCAGCUGCAGGAGUACGAGGCUCCGAGCGUCAGUGAGUACAUCGAGCGCAAGGAGGAGGCCCACAACCUGGAGAAGGAGGAGAAGAUGCUGCAGCGCAAGAUCUACAUCCUCAACAUGAAGCUAAACAACGCCAUUCGCCGGCGCAACCGAAUGCAGGACUACUAAGGAUUCCAGAUUGCAAUUAUUCCAAAAAUUAUAAUAUAUUUCUUGUUUCAAACUCAAUAAAGCAAUUAAGAAGAA